AUGGAUACUCUGAAUCAGACUACAUUUGAUGAUUUUAUUUUACUGGGACUGACUUCAAACCGCUUUAUCGAAUCAGUACUGUUUGUUUGUUUUUUAAUCAUUUAUACAUGCUCCUUCUUAAGUAACCUGGGUAUGAUAAUAUUAAUAAGUGCCUACCAUUAUCUUCAAGCUCCUAUGUAUUUUUUCCUGAGUCAUUUAUCUUUUAUUGACUUGUUUUAUUCCUCCACCAUUACCCCCAAGAUGCUGUCAGAUUUUAUCUCAGAUAAAAAAUCCAUCUCCUUUAAAGCAUGUGCCAGUCAAAUGUUUUUGUUUGCCAUGUUUGCCACAUCUGAAAGUUUUUUGGUGACUGCCAUGGCAUACGAUCGUUAUGUUGCCAUAUGUCAACCACUGCUCUACCAUAGCACGAUGAACAAACAUACAUGUUGGGGAUUGGUAUAUGGAGCCUAUAUAAGUAGCUUUUUAGCUUCCAUAACUCAUACAAUUACCAUUUUUAAAUUCCCUUUAUGUGGUUCAAAUAAAAUUAAUCAUUUUUACUGUGAUAUACCCCCACUUUUGAAACUUACAUGUGUCUAUUCUUAUACAAGAAAGUUGGUUGUCUUUUUGCUAUCGCUGGUAAUGGGAGUUGUUACUUUUGUUGUGAUAUUGAUGUCCUAUACCUCCAUCAUUUGUACAAUUUUAGGAAUCAAUUCAACAGAAGGAAGAUCCAAAGCAUUCUCUACCUGUGCCUCCCAUCUUACUGUAGUCAUCUCUUUCUACAGCACAGUGUUUGGAAUCUACUUUCGACCAAGCUUGGGUUUAAGUUCAGAUAGCAUUGACAAGGUCUUCUCCAUUUUUUAUACUGUGGCAUCCCCUCUGUUAAAUCCUCUCAUAUAUAGUUUUAAAAAUGCAGAAGUUAAGAGAGCGAUAAUGAAUGCACUCCAUUCUAGGAAAGCACUAUUGCACAUAAAACAUGCUAAUAAAAUAAAUAAUUAA